GAGCGCCUCUGCAGUUCUGGGAACCCGCUGUGCUGUAGUAUUGCGGAGUCCCGAUGUAUCUGUCGGCACUAUUCACCAUCAUCUUCGCAAACUUCUGCAAUGGAGGAUUGCUUUCGCUUGGGACUCCCAGGGGCUUCAGAUCGUCCAGACUGACAGAAUAUGAGACACCUCCAUUUGAACCUCAGUGCCCUGACAUUCAUGUCGAUUCCAGGAUAGACUGCCACCCAGAGGAGGGAGCUUCAGAGACUUCCUGUAGACAACGUGGAUGUUGCUGGAUUCCUUAUAAUGAAAGAUCUGCACCUUGGUGUUUCUUCAGCCGUAGUCAUGGCUAUGAAGUUGAUGGAGGCAAGAUGUCCACCACAAAAGGAUUUGAUGCUCAUCUAAAAAGACUGGCUACUCCUACUGUUUUUGGGACAGAAGUAGAGGAGUUGCAUCUUACUGCAGAAAUACAGAGCAAAAAUAGGUUCAGAUUCAAGAUCACAGAUCCCAAGAAUAAAAGAUUUGAAGUUCCUCAUGAACACGUUAAAGAAUUUACUGGGUCAGCGGAUCCAAACCCAAAUUAUAAUGUUGAAUUGGUUGAGAAGCCCUUUGGAAUCAAAGUUCAUAGAAAAACACCAGAUGCCAGAGUCAUCUUUGACACCACCAUUGGACCCCUUUAUUAUGCUGACCAGUUCCUACAACUGUCCAUAAAACUGCCGAGCAGCAAUAUCUAUGGCUUGGGGGAGCAUGUUCAUCGGCAAUACAAGCAUGAUACCUACUGGAAAAGAUGGCCAAUAUUUACCAGAGACGCGUUUCCCAAUGGAGAUGGACAUAACUUGUAUGGUGCACAGACAUUUUUCCUGUGUUUGGAAGAUGAAAAGGGUUCCUCAUUUGGAGUCUUUCUAAUGAACAGCAAUGCAAUGGAGGUAGUAAUUCAGCCUGCUCCAGCAGUGACAUACAGGACUAUUGGAGGAAUCCUUGACUUUUAUGUUUUUGUGGGUAACACUCCAGAAGAAGUUGUUAUGGAGUACCUAGAGUUUAUUGGUAAGCCGUACAUGCCAGCGUAUUGGACUCUUGGCUUCCAUUUAAGUCGAUGGGGAUACAAGACGUUGGAUGAGGUGAAAGGCGUGGUUGAAAGAAACAGAGCCAUUAAUAUCCCAUAUGAUGUUCAAUUUACUGAUAUUGACUACAUGGAAAACAGAAAAGAUUUCACCUAUGAUAAACAAAAAUUUGCAGACCUCCCUCAGUUUUCUCAAAAUCUACAUGCCAAUGGCCAAAAAUACAUCAUCAUAUUGGAUCCUGCUAUUGCCAAUACGCCUCUUAUUAAUGGUCCGUAUGGAGCAUAUGAAAGAGGAAACAGUUUAGGUGUUUGGAUAAAUGAAUCAGAUGGAAAAACUCCGCUUAUUGGCGAGGUUUGGCCUGGAGUUACAGUGUUUCCUGACUAUACCAAUGAUGCUUGCACAAAGUGGUGGAUUGAUGAGUGUAAGCGGUUCUAUAACGAAGUUAACUAUGAUGGCAUAUGGAUUGACAUGAAUGAAGUUUCCAGUUUUGUGAAAGGAUCAAGCAAAGGCUGUGCUGUCAAUAAUCUUAAUUAUCCUCCAUAUACACCUGCAAUUUUGGACAAAGUAAUGUAUUCCAAGACAGUCUGCAUGGAUUCGAUACAAGCCUGGGGCAAACAUUAUGACGUCCACAAUUUAUACGGAUAUUCAAUGAUUCUUUCUACUGAAGAAGCCAUCAAAGAUGUUUUCCCUGGAAAAAGAAGCAUCAUUUUCUCUCGAUCUACUUUUGCUGGAUCAGGCAAACACUCAGGACACUGGCUUGGAGAUAAUGCUGCCAACUGGAAUGAUAUUAAAUGGGCUAUACCAGGAAUGCUUGAGUUCAAUCUUUUUGGAAUACCUUAUAUUGGAGCUGACAUUUGUGGCUUUUUUGAUGAUAGCUCUGAAGAGCUAUGCAGACGAUGGAUGCAAGUUGGCGCUUUUUAUCCAUUCUCUAGGAACCACAAUGCUGAAAACUACAAGCCACAAGACCCUGCUUCUUAUGGUGCUGAUUCUCUUCUUGUGAACUCAUCAAGACAUUACUUAAACAUCCGCUACACCCUGUUACCAUACCUUUACACGCUGUUCUACAAAGCUCACACUAGAGGGGAGACGGUGGUGAGGCCUCUGCUCCAUGAAUUUUAUUCUGAUAAAGAAACAUGGGCAAUAGAUCAACAAUUUCUUUGGGGGCCCGGUCUUCUAAUUACACCUAUUCUUUAUGCGGGCUCAGAGCAGGCCGAUGCUUACAUCCCUGAUGCUGUGUGGUAUGACUAUGAGACGGGCGCAAAAUCCUCAUAUAGAAAGCAGCGCGUGUCUAUGUAUCUCCCAGCAGACAAAAUUGGGCUUCACCUUCGAGGAGGCUACAUAUUCCCCACUCAACAACCAGCUCGCACUACAGAAUACAGUCGUAAAAAUCCUCUUGGCCUUUUAAUUGCUUUGGAUGAUGAACAGAAAGCCAAAGGAGAAUUCUUCUGGGAUGAUCUAGAGAAUAGAGAAACCAUUGAAAAAGGCAACUACAUUUUAUAUGAUUUUUCAGUAUCCAAUAAUGUUCUAACUCUUGAAGCAAAGCAAGCUGUAUAUACAGACCCCAACAAUCUAAAGUUUGAAACAAUAAAAAUAAUGGGACUGCCCGCAAGUACCACAAAUGUCACAGUAAAAAAAGGUGGUGUCGUUCAGUCUUCAGGCCAUACCUUCAGAUAUGAUACUUACAAGGUUCAACACAUAACCGGUCUGCAACUGACACUGGGAGAAUCAUACACUGUGGAAUGGAAUCAGUUGGGUCCUGGAGGCAUAACCGAUUCAGAAAAGUUUGAUUGCCACCCUGAAUCCAAUGCUGAUGCAAAAAAAUGUAGUGAUCGUGGCUGCAUCUGGGAAGAGUCUACUGUUGUUGGCAUACCAUGGUGUUAUUAUCCAGACGAUUAUGGCUACACUGUUGACAAUGAGCAGAUUACCGCAGAUGGUAUUAUUGUGGACUUGUCCUUGCCUUCCAGAGCUGUGCAACGUUACAGGGCAGUUUCUACACCAAUUAAAAAGCUACGUCUUCAAGUAACAUUCCAUCAAAAUGAUAUGUUGCAGUUUAAGAUCUUUGAUCCCAAUAACAAAAGAUAUGAAGUUCCAGUACCACUGAUUCUACCUAGCACUCCAAGUAGUACAGAUCAGCGAAUGUAUGAAGUGGUUGUGGUUAAGGAGAGAAAAUUUGGACUUCGCAUUAUAAGGAAGAGCAAUGGUGCUGUCAUCUGGGACUCUGAUUUACCUGGAAUGACCUUUGAAGAUCAGUUUAUUCAGAUUUCUACACGACUUCCCUCUGAUUAUGUCUUUGGACUGGGAGAAACAGAACAUAAUACAUUCCGGCAAGAAAUGAAGCGGAGACCUAUUGGUCUUUUUGCUAAAGAUCAGCCUCCAAUAAAUCAUCUAAACUCUUAUGGUGUCCAACCAUUUUAUAUGGGGCUUGAUAACACAGGAAAUGCACAUGGUGUUUUUCUUUUGAACAGCAAUGCUAUGGAUUUGACACUACAGGAAACACCUGCUCUAACAUACCGAACUAUUGGAGGAAUUUUAGACUUUUAUGUAUUUUUGGGUCCCAAACCAGAAGAUGUUGUCCAACAAUACACAGCACUUGUUGGACGCCCAGUAAUGCCAUCCUACUGGGCUCUUGGAUUCCAGCUGUGUCGUUAUGGAUACAAAAAUGAUUCAGAAAUUGCUGAUAUAUAUGAAAAUAUGAAACGGGCAAAUAUUCCCUAUGAUGUACAAUAUGCUGACAUAGACUACAUGGAGAGACAAAUGGACUUUACACUUGGUGCCAACUUCUCAGGGCUGCCAGCCCUGGUUGACCGAAUAAGAGCAGAAGGAAUGAAAUUUAUUAUUCUCUUGGACCCUGCCAUUUCAGGAAAUGAAACCAAACCCUAUCCAGCUUUUACCAGAGGUGUUCAAGAUGAUGUGUUCAUCAAAUGGCCAAAUAGCAAUGAUAUAGUAUGGGGAAAGGUCUGGCCAGAUAUACCUGAUGUCUAUGUUGAUUUGUCUUUGGACUGGGACACACAAGUCAGGCUUUAUAGAGCUUAUGCUGCAUUCCCUGACUUCUUCCUUAACCGAACUGUGAAUUGGUGGCACCGUGAACUUGAAGAAUAUCGAAGGGACUAUAUUAGGUUUGACGGACUGUGGAUUGAUAUGAAUGAGCCUGCUAGUUUUGUUCACGGAUCUGUCAAUGGUUGUGGAAAUGUCGCCUUAAACAGACCUCCAUAUAUGCCAAAUUUGGAAUCAUCACAUAUGGGCUUAGAACACAAGACCAUAUGCAUGGAAAGUAGACAGUACCUUCCUAAUGGAGAUCCAGUUAACCACUAUGAUGUCCACAAUUUAUAUGGAUGGUCACACUCCAAACCAACUUUUGACUCUCUACGCAGUAUUACAGGACAAAGAGGAAUAGUUGUCUGCCGGUCCACAUAUCCAACCUCUGGACGAUGGGUGGGGCACUGGCUUGGGGACAACACUGCUGCAUGGAAUCAAGUGGAUAAAUCUAUUAUUGGAAUGAUGGAUUUCAGUCUUUUUGGAUAUUCUUAUACUGGAGCAGACAUUUGUGGUUUCUUUCAAGAUACCACAUAUGAAUUAUGUGCCCGUUGGAUGCAGCUUGGUGCAUUUUACCCAUACUCACGGAACCACAACGGAAUAGGAUGGAAGAGACAAGAUCCAGUAAGCUUUGAUCCAGCCUUUGAAGAAUUAUCAAGAAAUGUCUUGAACAUUCGUUAUACUCUUUUACCUUAUUUGUACACAUUACUAUUUGAUGCUCACACUAAAGGAUCCACUGUGGUGAGACCCCUUCUACAUGAAUUUAUUGAAGAUAAGAACACAUGGGAUGUGUAUAAACAAUUCUUAUGGGGACCUGCAUUUAUGAUCAGCGCUGUGGUUGAGCAGGAUGCAAGAACUGUAAAUGUCUAUUUUCCAAACACAUUCUGGUAUGAUUAUCACACGGGUGCCAGAGAAGAAGUCCCAUCAAGUAAUCAGUGGAAAACACUGCAAGCCCCUCUUGAGCACAUUAACCUUCAUGUGCGUGGUGGAUACAUUUUACCACAACAGGCUCCUGCUUUAAACACACAUUAUAGUCGUUUGAACCCAAUGAAACUUCUUAUUGCUCUGGAUGGUAAUGAGACUGCAAAUGGACAUCUUUUCUGGGAUGAUGGUAACAGCAUUGACUCAAUUGAACAUGGCAUUUAUGUUUUGUAUGAAUUCCAUGCAAGACCUAAUUCAAUAGCACUCACGGUAACCCAUAAAAAUUAUACCGAUCCAAAUAAUCUGAACUUUGACGAAAUCAAAAUAUUGGGAUUGCCAAAACAAAUAGAGAAUCUUGUUGUGAGAAAGAAUGGUAUUGUGCAAACGUCUAACCAUGUGAUUUCCUAUGAUGCUGCCAAGAAGAUUGGUCAUAUCACUGGACUUAGUUUGGCAUUUGGAGAAUCGUAUACUCUAGAUUUCAAUGAUAAUGUGAGAAUUGACUGCCAUCCUGAAGAAAAUGCCAGUCAACAAUCUUGUGAAAGUCGUGGUUGCACCUGGAAGAGCGCUAGUGAUCCUAAAGCUCCAAGCUGCUUCUAUCCAGAUGGCUUUGGAUAUCAAGCCACCAAUAUUCAAGCCACUGCUACUGGAAUAACAGCAGAUCUAGGGAACCCAACAACAUCUGUACGUUAUGAUAGCUCUCCAUCAAUAAAUGACCUUCGUCUAACUGCCACCUUCCAUGAAGAUAAUAUGCUUCAGUUUAAGAUAUUUGAUCCAAACAACAAAAGAUAUGAAGUUCCAGUUCCAUUAAAUAUCCCAAGCAGUCCAACAAGUACACAGGAAGGAAGACUGUAUGAUGUAGAAAUCGCCAACAAUCCAUUUGGAAUUGUCAUUAGGAGACGGAGCACUGGAACAGUCAUCUGGAAUUCUCAACUCCCUGGAUUCACCUUCUCAGACAUGUUUAUUCAAAUUUCAAAUCGCUUGCCAUCUUCUUAUAUAUAUGGACUUGGAGAAACAGAGCAUGAGUCAUUCAGAAUUGACCUGAAUUGGCACACCUGGGGAUACUUUGCUAAAGACCAACCUCCUGCAUACAAAAGUAAUUCAUAUGGAGUUCACCCCUUCUACAUGGGACUUGAAGAAGAUGGAAAUGCUUAUGGAGUGUUCUUGCUUAACAGCAAUGCAAUGGAUGUGACGCUGCAGCCAACCCCAGCUAUAACAUAUCGUACAAUUGGUGGAAUUUUAGACUUUUUCAUCAUACUGGGUACAACUCCAGAAAGUGUAGUCCAGCAGUACACUAAACUCAUUGGACGCCCUGUAAUGCCAGCUUAUUGGUCUCUUGGUUUCCAAUUAUGCCGCUAUGGAUAUAAGAGUGACAGUGAAAUAGAACAACUGUAUAAGGACAUGGUGGCAGCCCAGAUUCCAUAUGAUGUGCAGUAUGCUGACAUUGAUUACAUGGAGAGGCAAAUGGAUUUCACUUUGGGCACAAAUUUUUCAAGACUCCCUGACAUCUUCGAUAAAAUCCGAUUAGAUGGAAUGAAAGUCAUCAUAAUGCUGGAUCCAGCAAUUGCAGGAAAUGAGACUGAGCCUUAUCCAGCUUUUUCAAGAGGAAGAGAUCAAGAUGUUUUUAUAAAAUGGGAUGACAAGAGUGACAUUGUAUGGGGCAAGGUCUGGCCAGAUUUGCCUAAUGUUGAAGUUGAUAAUUCACUUGACUGGGACACACAAGUUCAGCGAUUUAGAGCCCACACGGCAUUCCCAGAUUUUUUUAAGAAUGUCACUGCAGAAUGGUGGAAACAAGAAAUGCGGGAAUUCCGAGAAAAACAUAUUAGGUUUGAUGGAAUAUGGAUUGACAUGAAUGAACCAGCAAGCUUUGUUCAUGGAUCAGUCACUGGUUGCCGAAACCAAACUUUGAAUUUCCCCCCUUACAUGCCAUUUUUGGACUCCAAAAAUAUGGGAUUGAAUCACAAGACAAUAUGCAUGGACAGUCAGCAAUUCCUUCCUGAUGGCACCCCAGUAAGGCACUAUGAUGUGCACAAUCUGUAUGGAUGGUCACAUGCAAAGCCAACAUUUGAGAUUAUACGCAAUUUAACAGGAAAAAGAGCAAUUGUUGUUAGCCGCUCCACCUUCCCGACAGUUGGGCAAUGGAUAGGACACUGGCUCGGAGAUAAUACUGCUGCCUGGAAUCAGAUAGAUAAAUCUAUCAUUGGUAUGAUGGAGUUCAGUCUUUUUGGAAUAUCUUAUACUGGUGCAGAUAUUUGUGGCUUUUUUGGAGACACGACAUAUGAACUGUGUGCUCGCUGGAUGGAGCUGGGUGCAUUCUACCCAUAUUCUAGAAAUCAUAAUGGGAAAGAUUACAUUAGGCAAGAUCCUGUUAGUUUUGAUGACAACUUUAAAACCCUUUCCAGAAAUGUCCUGAAUAUCAGAUACAGGCUUCUUCCAUAUUUAUAUACUCUGAUGUUUGAAGCACACACCCAAGGCAGCACUGUUGUGCGUCCCUUGCUGCAUGAGUUUACAUCUGAUAAAGAAACCUGGGAUGUUCACAAGCAGUUCCUAUGGGGACCGGCAUUUAUGAUUAGCCCUGUUCUAGAGGAUAAGCAAAGAUCAGUCGACGCAUAUAUACCAAACACUCGCUGGUACGACUAUCACACGGGUGCAGAAGUUAAAGCACGAGGCACAUGGGUGAAUUUGCCAGCUCCACUGGAAUACAUAAAUCUCCAUGUUAGAGGUGGAUACAUCAUACCAUGGCAGGAAACAGCCAACAAUACUGAUUACAGCCGUAAGAAGUUUAUGGGACUUCUGGUAGCCCUGGAUGAUUUUGGAAAAGCACAUGGCAAUCUCUUUUGGGAUGAUGGAGAAAGCAUAGAUUCAAUAGAGAAGAAGGAAUAUUUCCUGGGAACAUUCAGUGCUGAUAAGAACACAGUAUCAAGUGCAAUAACAACAAAUAAUUACUUAUCCUCAACAAAUCCUUUACUUCUUGGACAUGUUUAUAUUUGGGGCCCUGGAACAAAUGCCACAACUGUGUCGGUUACAUAUGAUGGCAAAACAGAUGUGAUUUCCCAUUUUACAUCAGCUAAUGGGAUUUUGGAAAUCCAUCUCACAAAUAUGCAAUAUAACUUGGCAAACCCAAUUAGUGUUACAUGGCAGACCUAACUUGAAUGAGCUCUUAUUUCUGAAAAUCUUCAUUUGAAAAGAACAUCCAAGAAUAUAGCAUUUUUUUUAGCUAAUCUCCUCUAUGACAGAUUUUUAUACCAUAAACAGAUUUCUUACAUUUUCUUUGACUAAAUUUAUAUUGCUCUAUUUCAUGUUCAAAUAAAAUUAGUGACCAAAAAUA